AAAAAAAAAAAACAAAAAAGGUUGAUUAAAUUAAAAAAUGUGAUAGUGACAUAGUUUGCUUAUAAGAAGUUGAUCAUUUUCAUGAUUUUUACAAUUUAGAAUUCGAUAAAAUGGGAUAUGAAUGUAUUUACGUAUAAAAAAUUAACCGUGAAGAAGGUCUUUUGACUAUAUUUAAAAAAGGAAUAUUUACAUUAGCUUUUUAAAACGAAAUUAUGUUUGAUUUAAAAAUUCCUUUAAAACUAGCUAAAAACCAUUACACUAGAAAUAAUUUAUGCUAGUUUAUUUAACUUCGGCAUAAUUACUCUAACAAACAAAUACUUAUCGCAAAUACUCAUCUUUACUGGGACCCUAGAUGUGAAGAAGUCAAGUUUUUAUAGGCUUCUGUUAUUUUGGAAUACUUAAGUACUUAAUUUAGUAUUAAAGAUAAUAUUUUUUUAUGUGGAGAUUUUAACUCUAUGCCAUCAUCAAAUGUCAUUAAAUUUAUAGAAGAGAAAAAAGCGCCUAAUAUUAGUAGAAUCGAAAAUAUUUUUCAAAAAAGAGUUAAAAUGACUGACGAAGUAAUUAUUUAUGAUUUAUUCAAAUAAAAAGCUACUAUUAAUCUUAAAAGUUCUUAUUCUAAUUAUUAAGGAACAGCUUAACAUCCAGAUUUUACUAAUUAUACUUAGAAUUUUAAAGGAGCUCUUGAUUAUAUUCUUUAUAAUACUUCUAUGGAAGAUUGUAGGCUAAUUGGAAUAUAACCAUUACCUAUAAAUGAAAUUUAAAAAGAGUUGGGAUUGCCUAAUGCAGACUAUCCCUCUGAUCAUUUACCAAUUACAGCUUACUAUGAAAUUUAAACUAAUUGAAAGUCAUUAUUAUAUGUAUUAGGGAAGGAAAAAAAAUUAGGAAGGAUUUG